UCACAACCAGAACCUAAACACUACUAUACGCGAAAGGAAAAAAUAAAAUAAGGAUACACACACUGAUAGACUAGCCACUGCUGUAGCUUCGUCGCCACCUCCGCCUCUUCCUCCGCCGAUAUGUCGCUAGACGACCCCGAGUCCUCCGACGAGACUCUGGAUUUCUACAAGUCGCAUGUCCGAGAGUUGGAGGCAGAGCUCGCCGACUUCCAGGCUUCGUCGCGAGAACUAGAGCAGGAGCUCGAAAAGGAGUUGGAGGCAAGCGAGAAACAGCACCGGGAUCUCAGGAACAAGAAUGAAGCGCUACGGUACGAGGUCGAUGAGUGGAAGAACAAGUACAACAAGUCCAAAACCGAAGCGAACUCGGCCCAGAAUCUCCUGCAGAAGGAAAUCACCUCGUUGCGGGAACAGAACCGGGCCAUGCAGCUGCGACUACGCGACAUGGAGGUCUCCAAUGACGACUUUGAGCGACAGGAACGAAUCGUGAUGUCUUCGCUGGAGGAUAUCGAGUCGAAAUACAACCAUUCCCUGGAACGAGGAGUCAUGAUGGAGGAGGAGGUCCGAGCGGGAGAACAGGAGAGAGAGGCUCUGCGCAUCGAAGUGCAGCGGUUGCGCGACGAACUGUCGGACCUCAAGGUGGAACAGGAAAUCACCGCCGAGAAGCUCAACAACACCCUGGCCAUGGCGGCCAAAUACGGUAACGGCAGUUUGCACCACGUGCCUCCACCCAAAUUCCCGUCGCCAUUGUCCGAUAGCUCGACAAUUCUGUCGGAUGAACUGGGCACGUCCAUGACGACGCCGUCCGUUGCCUCGACCGCCACGCCCCAGUCGGAUCACUCGGGCCCGCCGUCACCACCCAUGUCCGAGGUGUCGACUACGCCCUCGCAGUGCGCUCGGCUCAGCAUUCCUUGCCACGACGCAACCACCCCGCGUCCCCGAAACUUCCAGCCGAAGUUCAGGAAGCGUUCGCGAGGUUCGUCCAUCGGUGGAAAUUCGGCGUUGCCGAUGCCGGCCUCGCGGUCUCUCACCCAGAUCCGUGGCUUGAUCGGACAGAUGCAACGGUUGGAGCAGCGAGUACAGAGUGCCCGGAGCAAGCUUCCUGGUCCUGCCGUCACCACUCCUCCGCGAGGUUCACCACACCACCCGCAGAUGGCACCGCCACUCACUAUGAACGCGAUCACACUGCGGUCACACAAGAAAUCUCGGGCUCCAUCCGUAUCGACCGCCUCCUCGGUGACGUCAGGUGGAGAGAGCAAUUACAGCGGCCGUCUGAGCUACCCGGCCGUCGAUAACAGACCGGCGUCCCGAAUGGCGAGGCCUGAAAGUCGAGCGGGAGGCGGGAUCCCCCGGCCAGAAUCUCGCGUAUCUGGCAGAACAUCGCGUUCUUCCAUGUCAGGGAACGGACUGGAUCGGACCACAACACUUCCCAUCAGGCCGCAGAGCCGGGCAAGUUUCGGCGGAAGGAUGACCCCGAUGACCGGCCACAGCUUCGGAGAAUACGAUAUAUCAGGCAGCGGCAGGAGGAGUAUGGGCGGCCAAGACGGGGGAUUCGGGAUGUCGAACAGAAGGAACACGGUCAACAGCGGCGGCAGUGCAAUUCCCCUCCCGAGAAAGAGCUACGGUGGACGGAUCAGUACAGUCGGAACUCGGGAAUUCGAGGAAGAGCCCUUGCCAACCACAGCCACCAACCCCACGGGGCAUGGACUGGUGAGAAGGCUUGGUGCUCAGAGGGGCGGAGAAAAUUGAAUUAUGUCCUCACCCACCCGCCGAGACCAACAACUACACCACACCACACCAUUAUCAUCUUUUUUUUGUUUUUGUUUUUACCGUUACCCAC